GAUGGCAGUUCGCGUAUGGGUGCUUGUUAAGACCAGACCGAUUUCUGGCAGUGUUAUUAAGGGCUAAUCAUUUCUUAUGGUCUACGACGACAUCGAAGAAGACGACGACGUAUGAAAUCACUCGCCUCGAUACGAGAGUGAAUAUCGGCCCUCGUCUUUUCUCAACUCCCCACAUUUUUCAUUUUACUUACGCUUGAGACAGCCACGGGCGAUUUGAGACUAUCAUAUCAUCGGCCAUCAUCGUUUGAGCGAGUAAAAAUAAUUCGUGACUCCACAUACAGAUCCAGAAUUGCUGCUGCCCGUUCGCUAAAAUCAGUGCUUCACCACAUUGUCGGAACCUGAAGAAGAUUUGGAAAUGGUGCUGGAGUUCACGAAUACUGACCUCGUUGUGAGGUAUCUGUAUCUAGGAACCCAGCGGCCAUUCUAUAUCCGAAAAACCCAACCACUCGACAUACCAUUGGCCAAGGAGACUCUACAGACUCCCCUGAAGAACCUUAUCGGUGUGGCUACAGCAAGAAAGCAAUUAGAAGCACUUAAGGAGGCCACCAAAAAAGUGUUAGAAUCCAAAACAACAACCGGAGCUGCCAGCAAAGAUGCCGUGGCAGUCAAAAAAGAGGCGGAAGAUAUCGGUCAAGCGAUCGAAGAUCUGGAAAAGGCAAUCAAAAGCGAUUUCAAAGAGAUGGACCCGGUCGACAUUCUUAGAAAGGUUUUGAGUUCCGGUACACUGUGGCGUCUCGAUGAAAGUCUUUUCACAAUCGCAUAUCUUGCCCGAACCCUGGAAGACCCGUCUGAGAAAAAUCGCUUGUACCAACUGAUCCCAGAGUAUAUCAAAACUUCAAAAGAUUUGUUCCAAUUUUUGUUCUUUUACAAAACGGUCUCGGCCAAGGACAACGGCAAAUGUUGUAUAGGGAACGGUGUAAAGAGCGCUUUGAUAAAGUGGUACGAUAAACAUACUGCUGAGCAGUUGGCUCAAAUGUUUGCCCUGGAAAGAAGCUGGUACGGUUGGUCUCACAAGAACGUCUUGGUGAUGAUCCACAUGAAAUUGGAAGACAAAGCAAAGAUGCAGGUCGUUGAUGUUGCAACCGGUGGCAAGGGCAUAGCACGAGGACCCAAGAAAGCCGAAUCCACCGAUGAGAAAUCGAGUGAGGAAGAACAAGAACAGAGUGAAGCGUUACUGGUUUAUAGGCGCUGGAAGAAGUUUAAAUCCGUUAACAACGCAAACGAAGCCUGUCAAGGUAUUCUGGAAUUCAACUACCCUUUUCAAUUGGUACCAACGCAGUUGCAUCGAGCAUCCGUCGUUUGGGAAACUAUUUUGCCUAAAAUGCCGUAUCGUGAUGUCAUCAAAUCUUCACUGGCGCUGCAAGACUACAAAAUGCUUAAAGAUGCUUCACGUUUAACGACCAUCUAUGGCAAUGCAGUGAAUUGCAUGACAGCCGUUAAGGAAUCGAAACUGCACCCCGUUUUCAUUUAUCAAACUAUGCGACUGUUUGAGGAACGCCAGCGGUAUCUAAACAUCGUGAAGGAGGCGGUGCAUUCGGUCUCUAAUCUUGGAUUGAAAAAUAUUACUGCUAAUCCGGCAGUGAUUAGACAUUUCUACAGCGCGUUGAACGAAUCGAUGCUGAACUAUAAACGUACCAAUCUCAAUUUCUUCAUCACCCUUGAUCUGAGAACCAAGCACAGCAGAAAAACGGUUUUCGGUAACCGGCUGAUGUCCUGCUCCGCAGCUUAUGUUCUGUGCACGCUGCCAAUCUUGAAACGGGAACAAUUUGUACGGGUGAUGACGUUCACCGAGCAAGCCGAAACCUUGAAGGACGUUGAUUUCACCCGGGAGAUGAAAUUCUUCGAUGCAUUCGAGCACAUCCAGGCUAAUUCAGCAAAGAAAACCAAAGUGGACAUCCAGCAGCCGCUAGAAUAUGCUUCGAAAGGCAAAAAUAAAGUUGACGUGUUCAUCACUAUCGUCGACUCGUUGAUACGAGUCAAUCCGCAGCGAACCUCGCCGGCUGAAAGAUUGUACAAGUACAAUCACGACAAGAAGGCCAAUGCUCGCUACAUCAUCAUCAAUUUGAGUCGCCACACGCAGGACUUGAACCAUCAGAACGAUCUGAAAGGUGUUCUAGAGCUGGUUGGAUUCAAUGAAGAUACACCGAAGCUGAUUGAUGCCUACAUCCACGGCUGUUUCAAUUAAACGCUGGCAUCUGAUAUCUAUGAAAGUAAGGUUUGAAUUACUAAUGUUUCUUAAGCUAAGGUUAUUAUCAUGCAGUAGUAUUCAUUCGAUAAGCUUCUCUAAUUUGACAACCUCGGAGUAUCAACCAUUACGAAAAAUAGUCUUUGUAGUAAAUUACACAAGACGUUUCGAAUCCAAUGAGCUACUCGAGUUGUCAAGCCCAGUUUCAAUAGAUCUAACGAAUAUCUUUGUAGGUGGGUAAACAAAAGUACCCCGUAGAAUUACUAUUUCGUUGGAAGCAAUCCAGUACUAUCGAUUUUAAAUUAGUUUUCAAUAAUCAGUUUUAAAUUAAUUUUUCAUUUCGAUUGAAAUUUAUAUUGGAAUUCAUGUGAUUUUAUGUCACCAUGCAUGAGUUGUAAAUUUUUGAAUAAAAAUUUCAUAAUCGGUGAUUAUUUGAAUUUCUGUUUUUUACAAUCUGAAAACUGGACUGAAGGAGAACCUGAGAAAUUUUAGUUAAACUAACUCUCAUUAUUCGUAUUACCACCAAUCAAAAAGAGAUUUUGUCUGAGCGCUGUUAUAAAUAGUGCUGUCCUAAACAGUGUGAUAUUUGGAAAUCCCUGCGAAAUCCAACCAAUUGCGUAAAAUUUACAUCAUAUAGAUCGACUUUUAUAAGCUGUGUACUAGAACACUCCUACUGAAUAUAGAAAAAAAAACUAAACCCAAAGAUUGAAGGAAAUUGGAAUAGAAACACACAAAAGCAUUCACAUGCACAACUGAAACUGACAUUAAAUGUUUCGAAACAGUAGUUAUUAUUCAAUGACCACGUUAUGUGUUUGGUUUUAUUUUUACUGUUAAUCGUGAAUAUCGAACGACCCAUAUUGAAGCUUGAAGCGAGUUCUCCUUCAGUCAUUGCUUCUGUAAACGAGAACUUGUUUUGAAGGAAUUAAAAAUCUGGGGGGUGGGGUUAUAAUUUUAAGCUAUCAAUAGGUAAAAUAUGUAUUCGAAGGUUGGAGGUUCCAGUUGCACUUGAUAACAUCCCUUAAAUAUGUGUAGAACUUUCACCCAAUAUAUACAUUUAACCACAUGAUUAGACACAUGAUGGUAAUAUACAUGAAAUGUAAAUUAUAUUAAUCCCUAAACACGAAACCCUGAGCUAACGUUUGAAUUGCACAUUUUUCUUCAAGCUACUUAUUGUUAGUGAGCAUUACCGAAUAAAAUUGAAAUACAAGCUAUUAAAGGCGAAGAAAAAUCACAGUACAUACGAACCUUUAUGUUGAAAAAAUUACUUGAAUUUUGACUUCAAACUUUCCUGGAUUUUUUUUUCUUCGUAAGGACACAUUCAAUUUUUACAGAAAAUUACUAAUGGUUGAAAAAAUCAUAGGGGAAUACAAAGAAAACUGUAUUUCAAUUUGAUUGUAUGCUUGAUUUUAUGAAGGCUUUCUUGUUGCGAUAAUAGGGGAUGUUCCGGAAUUAAAACCAACGUUGAAAUCAAAGUGCAUGCGAAUUUUUGUAAAGUAACACAAUAAUAUACUUAGUAGAUGUUUAUCUUGCAGGUUUUGUGUUGUACUAUGUGAUUGACGUAAAUAAUCGUAGAAAAAUAUAUUAAGCGAACUUGGAACAUUGUUGCUGCACUCGGUGAAAAAUCCAAAAGCAUCUUCUAUUUUAUUUUAUUUCUAAAUCUGUAUUGAAAUUUUAAGUUUACAGUAUGACCCAAAAAAAAUACGAAAAUCUGUCAUCAAGGUUCAAAAAUACUUUUCUUGAUGUUAGUUUUUUUUUUUAUUUACAACUAGUUUAUUAAAGGCCUUUUACUUUUACAAAGUUUAAAUGUGCCAAGGGUCUUUGUAUCACUGGUUAGUAGGGAGGGGGGCCGUAAUAGUCGCGGCGACUCAACAGUUAAAAAAAUUUUUUUUUUAAUAAGGGAAAAGGAAGGGGUUUAUAUGGUUUAUUCUUCGAUAUCAGCUUUCCAUUACAGGGCUUGUGAUAUAGCUCAGUUGGCAAGUCUGUUGUCUCCUUAGCCGAUGUCCGCGAGUUCGAGCCCAAGAGUAAACAUCGAACACAGUUGUACCGGACAAGUUUUUCAAUAACGAUCUGCCAACUGUAACGUUGAUAAAGUCGCGAAUGCCAUAAAGAUGGUAAAACGACUAUAAUCGAAACAAAAAAAAAAAAAACUUUCCAUUAGGGUCCGGUGGUUGCCUCCUGUAGCUGUGGUUAUUGAUGUUAGUUAACAUGAUUUAAAAACUUUUUUAUUCAUUCAGGUACGUGGACAAUCAUAUCAGGAAACAAUCACUCGAUAUGUCAACUUUCGUUCUAAACUACUCUCUCCAGGCGAGAUCUGAAUCGGGAGCAUAUCUUCGCAAUAUGAGCCUCUAACAUUGAAGCCCAUCCCUCAGAGAUGCAAGCCUUCAGAGAAUUGACACUUGAGUGAAAGGAUUCACAGACCUUCGCUUGAACAUACGCCCAUAUCAAAGAGUCGAGGGGGUUAUUUAUUUAUUACUAGCUGACCCGGUGUGCUUUGCUACACCUUCCAAAAAUUAUGGAAAUUUGUGGUCCCUAGUUAUUUAAUUUUUCAUUUAUUUGCACAGAACUCUAAAUUCAAUUUCAAUAUCAUUAAAAUGUUUUUUUUUUUCAAAAUAUAAUUGCAACGUUUUUUCUUUUGAAAUCUUGAAUAAUUUUUUUUAUUCCGUGUUUUAAUCUUUUUUAUGACUCUGGAUUUCUUUGCUUCAUAAGUUUAAAGCUUAAGCCAAUUUUUUUUUAUAUAUGGAAUCUUCGCUGUCCCUUUAUUUGUAGAAAGGGUCUCAAAAUAUCCUAGACAAAAUUUCUGUAGCAAAAUAACAUCACGGGAAACUCAUUCAACUUAUUCGUUCUCGAAUUAUUAUACAAAUUGUGAGAGUGACCCCCUCCAUCAUUCCUCUAAUUUUAAUGGAAGGAAGGGGGUCUCAUAACAUCAGAAAAACACUUCUUAUAUACAAAUACGAUUCCAUAUCAUGUAUGGAUUCAUUCUCGAUAAGCUCUCGAGCUAUUCAAAAAAUGGGUGACCCUCUUCUCACUAUAUAUCUCCCCUCUGACAGGAGAAAGAGGUCUCAAACCAUCGAAGGCACAUUAUCCGUACACAAAUAUGCUUACAUGCAAAUUCGGUUCCAUUUUCUCGAUUAGUUAUCAAAAUAUUUUUUAAAAAAUGUAUGAGUGACCCUUCCCUGACCCUGCCAAAUUUGGUUUCUUUUGCCUUAUUAGUUGUCGAGUUGUGCCAUAAAAUUUGUAUCUGAGCCCCUCUUGCUGCCUAUCACCCCCUACCUCAAAGGAGGCGAUCAAGAUCAAACAAUUCGUGUAUUCAAAUCCAUUUCCAUGCCCAAUUCUGAUCCACUUGCUCGAUUGUUAGAUUGUUUCCAUGUCAUAUUUGGUUCUAUUUGUUAGAUAAGUGCUUGGUUUAUGCAAGAUAAUCGUAUAUGAGCUCCUGUCCUCUCUAACUGUAUCCCCAAUUUAAGGAGAAAGAAGUUUCAAAUAAGUUAAUAAUCUUUUUACGUAUCCAAAUGCUAUCCCAUGCCAAAGUUGUUUCCAUUUGAUCAAGUUAUGCGAAAAAUAGUAAAGGAGCUCCCUCUCUCCUCCCUGUCACGCAACUGGAAGGAGGCAGUAGUACCAAAUAUUCACAGAAACAUUCCUUGUGUUCUAAUACCCUUACAAACCAACUUUCGUUUCAUUUGCUGGGUAAGUUCCCGAGUGAUGUAAAAAUUGUAUAGAAGCACCCUCCUCCCUCAAGAUUUUAUAACUUGAAGAACGGAGGGUUCUCAAAAUAUCAUAGAAACAUUUUUCGUAAUCAAAUACCUUCCCACACCAAAUUUGGUUCCAUUUGCUUAAUUAGCUAUCCAAUUAUGCUAAAAAUUGUAAAGGACUUUCUCUCUCCUCACUGGAAGAAGGGAAGGGUAGCAAAUAUUCAAAGAACUAUUUAUCGUACCCAAAUAAAUUUCCAAGCCAAAUUUGGUUUCAUUUGAUCGAAUAGAUUCCAAGUUAUGCAAUUAAAAAGGUAUGAAAACCCUCUCCUUCCUUCCUGUAUCUUCACUGUAAGGAGGGAGGGGUAUGAAAUAAUCAUAGAACCAUUCCUCGUAUUCCCCUCCCCUCCCAUGCCAAAUUUGGUUCCAUUAGCUUGAUUAGUUCUCCAGUUAUGUAAAAAAUUGUAAGGUAGCCUCCCUCCCUCCUUCCUAUCUCCUCACUGAAAGGAGGGAGGGGUACCAAAUAUUCUUAGAAAUAUUUCUCGUACCCAAAUACUCUCCCAUGCCAAGUUUGGUUUGAUUUGCUUGAUCAGCUCUGGAGUUAUGAAGACUUAUUACUUUUAUAUGAAAGACCCCCUCCCCCCUUCCUGUUAAAGGGAGGGGUCUCAAACCAUAAUAGGAACCUUCCCUGGCCUCCAAUACCCCCACCUGCCAAGUUUCAGGUAAAUCGGUUCAGUAGUUUUCGAGUCUAUAGGGAACAGACAGACAGACAGACAGACAGAAAUUCAUUUUUAUAUAUAUAGAUUUAUUUAUUAAGUCUUUGACUGCUGUCAUACAUACCGAGUGUUAAAACUAACUUAUGUUUAAAUUAAAGUUACGUUAAAGCUAGGGAACGUCACGGAUAGCACAUUUAAACAUUGAUUUUGAUACAUUGAAGUCAAACAAGUAUGACACAUCGUUGAAGACCUGACAACAUCGAUUAAGCGGGUGGUUUUGUCCGAAAACUGUUCUGCUUCUAGGUAGCCAGAAGGUUUGGUUGCGCAAACGACGUGCUGGGGCGUGCAAACUCAAGCUUUGGAGCAAUUGUGGACAAUCAACAGUGUUCGUCAGGAAUCGUAUACAAACAUUCGCUGCAAAUAUGUUCUUCUUUGACUCAGAGACGAUAUAGACAGAAGUGCGCACCUUUGUGGGUAAGGCGGUAGCCUUACGGGGUCUCGCCAGGGCAGUCGACGCAGUGCAUAACGAAGAAAUUUUUUCUGAAUUCGUUCGAUCCGUUCGAUAUGAACAGAGUGGUAGGGUGCCCAAACUGGUGCCGCAUAUUCCAAGACACUUCGUACUAAAGAGCAGAACACUGUCUUGAGAGCGUAUGGGUCCUCAAAGUUCAAAGUAUUUCGUCGCAGGAAUCCAAGCAUAGCAAAGGCCUUAGCUGUUGUUGUCGCAAUGUGCUGAUUAAACGAGAGCUUCUGAUCAAAGGUUACUCCUAGAUCCUUAAUGGUGACAACUCUUUCAAGCGGAGUGCCACCAAAAGCGUAUUCGAAGACCACGGAGGUUCUGGUUCUAAAAAAGCUGAUACACUUGCAUUUAUCGGCGUUUACUUCCAUCCCAUGUUUUCCACACCAUGCGAGUAGUCUAUUGAUGUCUUCUUGAAGCGCAGCACAAUCCACUCUGGAGUCAAUGGUCCUUUAGAUUUUCAAAUCAUCUGCGAACAGUAGUUUUGGCGAUUGAAGGAAAGUUGCUAGAUCGUAAUGAAAAUUACAAAGAUAAGCGGUCCCAAGUGACUUCCCUGUGGAACACCAGACGGCAUAUCGAAACUAGUAGAAUGAAUUCCACGAAUAUUUAUAAAGCCAUGACGAUGUAACAGGUAUGAAUGCAACCAUUUAGUUGCCCAUUCUGGGAAACCGUAGCGCUUAAGUUUCUCCAUCACGACCAUAUGCGGCACUUUAUCGAAGGCUUUGGCAAAGUCGACGUAUAUUGAGUCCACUUGCAGUUUUUUAUCAGUUGCAGCAUACAAUUCACUGGCAUAGCACAUCAAGUUGGUCAACGUCGAUCUUUUCCGGAUAAACCCUGUAACGGGUCACAGAAUGAUGAGUGAAAUUUAAUUUAACUUACUCUACUUUAGCGCCAAGCAACAGCGAAAAUCGCAAUUGCAUGUGGAGAAGCAUGUAAAGUUACGCCCGGUGAGACUUCUCAAGGCAGGUCCCGUACAAAAUUUAAAUUUAAAACUUCCAAUCGUUCCACGAGCACAUACAAGUUAACCCAACCCGAAACCAGAGAACCAAUGCGGGGCUUCAACUAACUGCGAUUAUCAGAAACCAAAGAUAAAUUUUCUAACCCUCGUCUCACGCUAUCAGGACUCUUUAGAUGGAUUAUCUUGUUGAGAGUUUCCUUUUCAACUCCACACGUAUUCUCGUAUUACGCAAAUAAACUCUUUCCCCCCAGCGGGUUUCGAACAAUCACUCAACAUAAAAAAAUCAAAUUAUCUGACCUGUUUUCUGCUGCGGUGCGUAGUUCCUCUCUCGGCAGCGGCUGUUGAUGGAUCCUUUCGCUGGCGCGCGUGUGUCCCGACUACGUUGGUGCACUUCCCUCGAGGGCGGCUAAACUUGAACUCACUUUCUGAACUGGGCGGCUGAUUGCUUGACCGCUGCUCGCAUGAGACUUACUGUUGGGUUCGAUGAUGGUACACGUCCGGUUUUGACGACCGACCACGUGCACCCGGAGAUCGCGGAUUGACCUCCGUUGGCCCGUAGGUGCUGAAUGGUCUAAAGACUCGCUUAAUGAGGCGGCGAAAACGUUCGCAACCCCGUUCACCUACCCAGGACAUACACCUUCACUUGUAAGAUAAGUCCUUCAAGUGAGAAUCAUUAAAUUAAUGUUAAGUUGUUCGAAAUAAUUGUUACACUGAAUGUUACCUUAACCCUACUCAGUAAGAGGUCAGGAUGUUGCGAUAAAUCUCGAGACGCACUAGUUUUCCUUUAAUUUUACUGCAAGUGUUACGUUUUUGUUAAUUUGAGCUUAUUUUUUCUAAGUUUUCUGCAACUUACGGAGUGAACUAGAAAACUCUCGCACAGGGCCGAGUUGACGUUCCAAUUGUAAAAUUCCGUAGUAACGUUUGGAAUUUUCCGCAAUUAUCUCAACUAAAAUUGUAAGUCACAUUUUAGACCAUAUCGAUUGCUUCUAAAGCUUCUUACUCACGUCCUCUUGUGAUUCGGUGUUCGCUCAAAAUAUACUUUUCACACUGCAGAUACGUCUGCCUUAUCCACCGAUCGAUUUGAGAAAAGAAGCUUGAAUCUUAUGGUCGAGGCUGUCAACCCCAAAUUUAUUCCCGAACAUUGCCCCCACACACACAAGUCCAUGUUUAUAUAUUAAAUUUCCAUACUGACAUCGGUUCUCUGAUUUUGAUCAGAUCAGAGCCGAUGUGCACAGCUUCACGAUCGAAUCAAAAUGGCUGGUUCCGAAACCGGCCGCUAGUGGCGCUGUGGUUGAUUAAAAUAAACUAAUUGCAAUGAUGAACUAAAUGAGAUAUGAUUUUUAUCGGCAACUCAUUUGUAACGUCGUUACAACCCGUGCUGGACUUCGGCAAGUAACGGUGUAGCUGCUGAAUAGAGCCUUUCGUACAUCAAAACUUCAAGCACUUUUGAAAAACAGCAGAGGAUUGAAAUUGGCUCCAAAUACUAUGACUCCAGCGGGAUUUUUUGUAGUAAACUUUAAUUUCAUUCUCUGUAACAUGCUUAUCCUUCAGGGGUGAAAUGUGCCGUUCUGUGCGUGAAUUGAAAACCAGAUCAAUCGAAAAAAGUUUCUCUUCUGAGAACACGACAAUCUGUUACUUGUUCUUCAACUUAGACAGAAAUUUUUUCGAGCGCCCAAGCCGCAGUGCUUGAAUUCGUUCUGUUUUCAAAUGGCGCUUUGCUCUUGCCUUUGAUGAUGCAUUUAAGUCAUCUUUUACCAAUCUUUGUAUGAAAUUAUUCGAGAUAUUUGCUUCCUUAGCCAGCUUCUGGAUUUAUCUUAGUGGACUCCGCUUCACUUUCGUCUUGACCAAUUUUAUCACUUUGGUUUUGCACUAACCGGCUUCCGUGGAUAUGGUCUAUCAAGCAGAGAACAUUUCACGCGGUAAACAGUCGCUAAAUGGCAUCCUACAGUCGCCACAAUUUUAUUGGGAGAUUUUUAGGCGAGAAGCAAACUGAUCACUGUCUCCUUGCGCACAUUUAGCCGAUAAAACAUAUAACGUAUUACUGCAUUAUUUACGUCAAUUGACAGAUGAAGGUUAGAUCUAAUACACCCACGAGAAAAUUUCCUUAAAAAUGAUCAAAAACAAUCCAAAAUAGAUUCCUAAUAAUUUUCUCUUUUUUAUGGGUCUUAGUGAAUUGUUCCGUUUUAAACCGUCGUAAACUUGUGGUUUUCAGUUAAGUUCAUAUCUAAGGUUGCCACAAUUUUUCCAGCACGUAUCCGAGCUGGACAAAUCCGGGAUAUUUUAUCUUAAAUCUGGCAAAAUCCGGACAUUUGAUUUCAAAAUUGUUGAUCAAAAUCCGAGCUAUAUCCGGGUAAAUUUGAUGGUCAAAACCUAGGAAUUACUCAUCAGAAAUGAAAAAAAUAACUUGAAAAAAAAAUGUAUUCAUCAAAAUUUAUCAGGAGAUUCCAAAUCACAUUUAAGGCUCUCAAAAAACCUCUCAAGCUUAUUUUUAUGAAACUAGUUCAAAAAACAAUUUACAACACAAUUUGUUUAUUUAAGUUUUAUUUGAGAAUGAGAAAGAGAAUAAAUCCGGUCUUUUGCCAAAUUUAGUAUUAAAUAUCUGGGCAAACCCGGAUAAAAUCGGGCAAUCUGGCAACCUUAUUCAUACCACUUGUCUGAUACUUAUUUCAUUGAAAAAUCUUAAUUCUAAUAAUAAUGAGAACCCCAAUAAAAUGUGCUUAUGUAAUUGUAACACCUUAAUUGAAACGUUUGAAACUUUGUGCCAACAAUGUUCCAGUUCAUAUACAUAGUUAACUCAGUCGAGAAAUCGUUCAUACAACUAGAGAUAGUGUUCUAGCAUAAACUCUUAAAAGGUACACAAUUUAAUAUCUAGUAACCACAAUUAUAAACUAUACGUACUAUAACUUUAAUUUUUACGUUAUAAAAAUAAUCUUUAUACUUCAGCUUAGAAUUUUUUUAAAAUACAAGCUUAUAUCCAUUUCAAUUCUGGAUUGGAUUUUUAUUUUGAUGGAGUAAGAUUACCUUUUAAGUUAUCCAUAUCAAUUUGAAUUUUUUCUUAUAUUUUGCCUACUUUUAAAUGACACGUAAAAGUUUAUCGAAACCUUUAAACUAUUUGUAUAUCGACACAGUUGAUUAUAUUUGAAUUAAAUUCAGGAAACAAACAGAAAAGAACUGGAAAAACACUGAAUCAAUAACCUUCUCGAGCUGUGAUUCGAUUAAAAAUCGUUUAGUAGUCAUACCAUAAAACAAAUCAUAAUCAACAAACAAAAAUGAUUCUCGCGAUGAAUCGGUUCAUUAUGUUUUAGCAAACCACUCGCCUUUCGCACAGUUAUCUGGAUAAAAUAAGUAUAAAAACCAAACUGUGAAACUCAAACACACGGAAGAUUUCGUUCGUAGCUCAAAUGGAUCAUUAAUAAACUUAAAAUAAACGGAAAAUUACAAAAUAGCAAAAACGUCAUACGAACAAGCGAAAAUUAAUUAAAAAAACGAAAUAUUGAUGAAACCAAAUAAUUCUAUAAAACAGAGAGAGAAUAAUCUAAAAACAAUUUCGUUCGAAAUUCGAAUAGACUGGAUUACAAAGUGCUUCUUAGAUUGAGACAAGCGGCUUAUAACAAUUUCGGAUCGGCGCUUUCGAACAGGAAACAUGUUAACUCAAAUAAGUAGAGUAAAUUGAAACCGACUGAAAUUAACAUUAAAUUGAUUCGUAUUCUUUAGAAUGUUGCCCGAGAAACAGCAAGAAACCCC